AUGAGUAAUAAAAGACCGAAAGAUUUUUAUGAAAGAAAACGGUAUUUACAUAAGAAAAAGUCAACGAAAUCUAAUCAAAAUAAAAAUGAUCAAAACAACCAAAAAAUAUAUCAAUCUUUGGAUCCUAUUGAAGCAAAUAAUUUAUUGAAUGUAUAUGAUACCUAUAUUAAUUUCAAUAUUCCUUACUAUGGGUGGAAAUUAUUUUUUUAUGAAGAAGUUAGAGGCUGUGUAAUAAGAGUUGGUCAUGUGAAGCAUCUUGCCCAAUGGAUUGUAUUUACUUGUUGUAAAUGUAAUUUACAGAAAAUAGUAAAACAACCAUUAGGAGUUUAUACAAUUCCAAAAAAAUGUCGCACAUGUGGUACAUCUAAAUUUCGUGCAAUGUUAGAUUCACCAUUGGUAAAAAGUAUCUCCUUUCAAAUAAUUAAGAUACAAGAACUUUCAAAUAAAAUUUUAUUUUCUUUAUAUCUGGAAGCUAUUACAAUAGUUAACAACAAACAGAGUCUUCAGAACAAAAAUGUUAUGAAUAAUGAAAUGUCAGUAAAAGAUUAUUUAGCAAUAAAGGAAGUGUAUAAUACACCAAAUAUUUUUCCACUUUUGGUACACUCACUUUGUCCAAGUAUAUAUGGUCAUGAAAUAAUUAAAGCUGGAUUGAUACUCAGUUUAUUUGGUGGAAAUAUAGAACAGUUAGAAUCACGAGAAAAUAUACACACAUUAAUAGUUGGUGAUCCUGGUCUUGGAAAAUCGCAAAUGUUACAAAUGUGUGCUCGAAUUUCUGCAAAAGGUGUAUAUGUAUGUGGUAAUUCAAGUACAUCUUCUGGUCUGACAAUAACACUGGCAAAAGAAAAUAAAAGUAAUAAUUUUACUUUAGAACCAGGAGCAUUAGUUUUAGCAGAUAAAGGUUGCUGUUGUAUUGAUGAGUUUGAUAAAAUGCGUAAACAAUAUGCGGUUUUAUUAGAAGCUAUGGAACAGCAGAGUGUGAGUGUUGCUAAAUCAGGAGUAAUUUGUUCUCUUCCUACUAGAACUUCAAUUCUUGCAGCAGCUAAUCCAGUUAGUGGGCGGUUCAACAGAAGUAAAACAGUAAUGCAAAAUUUAAGGAUGAGUGCACCUCUUUUAUCACGUUUUGAUUUAAUAUUUCUAUUGUUAGAUGAGCCAAAUGAGCGUAUGGAUGAUUUAUUAUGUAAACAUGUUAUGUCAAUUCAUGCUGAUUCGAAUACAACUAAUAAUGUGCAAAGAAGUAUAUUUCAAUCUACAAAUGUAUUAAGUACCGACAAAUUUUCAUUAAGAGAUAAACUUGUAUCUUCUAUUGCUAACGAUAUAAAUAUUAUUCCACAAUCAAUUCUCCAAAAAUAUAUUGCAUAUGCACGACAAUACGUCAAACCGAAAUUAACCAGAAAAGCAGCUGUAAUAUUGCAAAAUUAUUAUUUAGAUCUUCGAACUAAAAAUAAUAAAUUUGGUGGUUUAUCUGUGUGUAAUAGACAAUUAGAAGCUAUGAUACGAUUAACAGAGGCUCGAGCAAAAUUGGAGUUACGGACAGAGGUAACAGAAGCAGAUGCUUUGGAUGUGAUAGAAAUUUUACAAUAUACAUUUAAGAAUGAAAUUAUAAAUUGGCAGCCUUUAAGUACAAAAAAUGUAACUAAUAGAAAAGUCAAAGAAUUUAUAAACUUAUUAAGAAAAGAAACAGUUUCUAAUAGCAGUAAUGUAUUUUCUAUGAAGAGAUUGCACGAAAUCGCAUCAAACAAACAAAUGUUGGAUGGUAUUCCAGAAUUUAUUGCAAAACUAAAUGAAAGCGGCAUUUUAUUGAAAGCAGGAACUAAUACUUUCAAAUUUGUUUCUUAA